GAGAGAGAGAGAGAUCGCUCAAGCCCGAGCCAUUUCACACAUACACACGUCUGGACAUCGACAUACUCCUGCUGGAUAUUUCCCACAGGAUUAUUCUGCAUCCUGAUGACCCCUGACCGUCUCUGAUGGACCCAGCCGCUCCUCCAAACAUCCCCGAUGAUCGAACUCAUCCCGGGUCUCCCGGCAUCCAGGAAGCUCAUGAUUCCUCUGGACAGAGAGAAGCCACGAUCCUACCCAGCGUUCCUGCAUACGACUCGGUCAGCAUCCUCACCGCUGGCCCGACCAAUGACACGGACAGCAUCCAAACAGCCCAUCAUGCAUACGAUACUGACAGCAACAGGACCCUGAACCCGGCGUUCGACACGGACAGCACCCACACCCUCCACCCCCCGUACACUGGCCCCGCUGGAGGCGACGGCCCAACCAACAGCGUCCCACCGAACCCUCCUCCAUACAGCCCACCGGACCCUAAAACAGCCUACCUCAUGUACCCCUCAGCACUGCCGCAUUACCCCAACCAGCCUGUCAUCGCCUGUCAGCCUGGUGCCAAUCCUGCUUUCUACCAGCCCUCGUUCCUCCCUCCAUCCACCUACCCGUCCUACACCAUAUACAUGAACGGACCACCACUAGGAGAGGAGCAGCCACCGUUACCUAAAGAUUACCUGGUUGAGUCCUUGUUGGUGACCAUCUUCUGCUGUAUCAUGAGCGGUCUCGUUGCUGUCAUGUACUCUUAUGAAACCCGUGCAGCGCUGACCAGGGGUGACAUCCGUGAAGCUGAGAAAACCUCCCAGAAGGCACGUCUCCUUGUCAUGUUCAGUUUGAUGUUCGGCAUAUUUGUUUUUGUGGGCUGGAUUAUUUAUGUAGUGAUAGUGCUCUGUGCAUAGAAACUUUCUUCAGCACUGAUUUGAUCAAAAAUACAGUAAAAACAGUUAAAUAUUAUUAUAAUUUAAAAUAGAUGUUUUCUAUGUGGAUAAGUUGUAAACUGUAAUUUAUUCCUGUGACCAAAUCUGUAUUUUUUAGCAUCAUCACUCCAGUCUUCAGUGUCACAUGAUCCUUCAAAAAUCAUUUUAAUAUGCUGAUUUGCUGCUCUUAUCAAUGUUGAAAACAGCUGUGCUGCACAAUAUAUUUGUGGAAACUGAUACAUUUUAUUUUUCAGGAUUCUUUGAUAAAUAGAACAGCAUUUAUUUGAAAUUUGAAAUUCUGUAACAUUCACUUUUGAUCAAUUUAAUGCAUCCCUGCUGAAUAAAGGCACUUAAUUUCAUUUAAAAAAAGGACUGAAACUUCUGUAUAGCAGAAGUGAGUCUUGUAUGAAAAAGCACAAAGUGUUGAUUUAAACAUUAAACGUCUCACAUUUUAAACAAAUUCACUCAUGAUUUUAUUGCAUAAUGUGCAAUAAUAUGUACUUUCAGAAGUCAAUCAUUGAUAGAGUUUGUAUUUACAGUCAAUUACAUUCAUUUGUUCCUGGAAUAGGAAAUGAAAGACCUUCCUGUCACUGGUAAUAAACCUUGUAUUUCUGUUGACUUCUAUUACAAUUGCUAACAAACUGAAUUAAGUGUACAGUCUUAAAAAAGUUUGUAAUAAGCACUAUUGUGUGAAACCUAAUGCAUUUAUGCUGCACUAAAU